UCAGUAUUACAGUGUUACUUCUGACACAGAGAGAUAGUCUCUCUUUAUUUUCAGGAUACACUAUGAUACUGAAACAGAGUAAAUUUGUAAACUGUGUUUUGCAGUUUGAAUUUUACUAUUUGAUUUCCCCAUUAUUUCUGUUAAACAUAAGGACAAUUUAAAACAUUUUACACUUGGUAUAACAGGACAAUGAAGAGAGGGCUCCUAGGCGAUCACAUAAUGUGUAUUUUAGAGAUGUCCUUCUGGAGAUAACACCUUAAUUCUUACAAAGCAAGUUCCAGAGGCAUUGUGGGAGAGGUGGGGGCCUCAAGUUACAGCUUAUUAUUCUGUGGGGCAGCUUUAAGCAAUUGCCAUCGCUGGAGUUGCAGGACUAUUAAGGAGAGCAGAAGACCUGCACACUGGGAGAGAAGACAGAGAAGCAGCAAAAGGCAACCCAGGAGACUGAAUCAGAAUAAAAAGACUGACUCCAAUAUUUCUAAACGCGAUCGAGGACUAGGGCUACAACUGUCACAAUGAAGAUCCUCAAAUGAAAUGUCACAAAGGAGCUUUUGUAGUCAAAACAGGGUGGGGCAUCAGGCAACCCUAUAAAAAGCCCGGACAGCUGAGCUGGAUUACAGUUGGGGGCAGCAGGACCAAGAAACCUGAACACACCAGUCAUGAAGAAGGAAGGGAAAUUUACUGAGGUAUUCAGGCUAAGAUAUCAUUUGUGCCCCAUACUACACUUUGCCAAUGGUCCAGCUAAUUGUCACCCCAGAAACAGCUCUUGCUGAUGAGCCAAUAUGCAUCAGAGCAACUGGACUUAACCCUUUUCAGGUUGUAACCUUCACGGCAUCACUGACAGAUGAAAAGGGGAAGCUCUUCCAAUCUCGAGCUUUCUAUAAGGCCAAUGAAGCUGGCAAUGUGGCUCUAGAUCAAGCAGCUGCUCUUGGGGGUGACUAUGUGGGUGUCCAUCCCAUGGGUCUCUUCUGGUCCUUGAAGCCUGUGAAUCCAUUUAGGCGACUACUGAAGCAAGAUGUAAUGAACAGCCCCUUUUACAUACAGCUUGACAUCUUUGACUCACUUCUUUUGGAGGAUUCUCCCAAGAUUCACCCAAAGGCUAGCCAGAUGAUAGAACGUUGGUUCUCAGGCCCUGGACUGCAAAGGAUCCCAGUGAGAAAUGGUCGAGUUCGAGGAGCUUUUUUCCUCCCUCCAGGAGAAGGCCCUUUCCCAGGGGUAAUUGAUUUAUUUGGUGGCAUUGGUGGCCUGAUUGAAUUUCGGGCCAGUCUCUUGGCCAGCCAUGGCUUUGGCGUAUUGGCCUUGGCAUAUUUUGCCUAUGAAGACCUGCCUCGCAGCUUGCUGGAAGUUGACCUGGAAUAUUUUGAGGAAGCUGCCAAUAUGUUGCUGCAUCACCCACAGAUCCAAAGGUCAGGGAUUGGGGUCAUCUCAGUAUGUAAAGGUGCUGAGAUUGGGCUGGCCAUGGCAAUACACCUGGAACAGGUUGCAGCCACCAUCUGUAUCAAUGGGACCAAUGCUGUCCAUGAGACCCCAUGCAAAUACAGAGAUCUUGUCAUCAGCCCAAUUCCCCACCAGAAGGAGUAUACCCAGAUACACGUGUCAGGGGCUCUAAAUUUUCGUCGUAUUAAGGGAGACCCUCGAGAUGAAGUCAACCAACAGAGUGUCCUGCCUGUAGAAAAGGCCCGGGGCCAUAUUCUCUUCAUCGUGGGAGAGAAAGAUGAAUGUCUCAACAGCAAGGCUUAUGCUGAGCAAGCAAUGGAGCAGCUGAAGAGCCACGGAAGAAGCAAUGGGACUCUGCUCUCCUACCCUGGGGCUGGACACCUGAUAGAGCCUCCCUAUUCCCCACUGUGCUUUGCCUCAUGGAACCCCUUCUUAUCCAGGCCCUUUCUGUGGGGAGGUGAUAUCCGCUCUCAUGCAGCAGCCCAGGAGCACUCUUGGAGAGAGAUUCAGAAAUUCCUCAGAUGCCACCUCGCUCCUUCCAGGAGCAAACUCUGAAAAAAGAGAAAAGCCUGACGGGGAGAAAAAUACCUUGGAAUGGAGGAUAGCAGAAAAGAUAAGAGCCUCCACAGUCACUAAUAGGCCAUAUUUCUUUGUGUCUAUCUGAAUCUAUUUCCCCCUUUCUUGGAGUCUACAAUUUCCUUUUGGCCCUGCCCACAAAAGCUGUAUUUGUUUUCCUCCUUUCCUUCCUAAUCAUCUUUACUCAGAAAGUACUUUCACAGUACUGAGCAUCCACUUUUUCUGUUCCUGAGGUGGUCUGUGACACAAUCAGAAUCAGAGUAGGAAGUAUGGAAGUCUGCAGAGAUGUGUCACAGGAAACAUUUGUAACUUUUGCAAACACUUAUUGUAUGCUGAUAUAUGUUGAGAAUGCCUUUGGUAGAUUGAUUCCUUUUAGAAUUUUUCCUGAGUUCCCUUUCUAUAUGCUAUUAAUUCCCUACAAGCAAUUCUCUCUAUUCCCUCUGCCUUACCGGUGGAAGACUAGAGCCUCUUUCAAUAAUCUCCCCACAUUACUCAGAGACAUUUACUCUCAAAAAGUCCAUACCAUCUACUUAUACCACCAUCUGCCCAGCCUCACUGGCAUUGCCAAAGGAACUCUCUGACACUCUUCUAUCUUCAUUAAUGAUUUCAGCAAGAUCAGGAAUCCUGGCUCUCUUCUUGGGAAAUCUUCCUUUCCUUCUAUUUCUCCCACUUUCUCACCCCUGCUUAGCGUGUUUAUCACCCUAUUCUUGAACUUGAGUCACUUUCUAUUCCCUAUUCUUUAAGGUUAUCAACCCUCUUUUGUCUUUAUUUGUCUCCAUACCCAACCUGAACUAUCUUUCUUGCCACUUUGACCUUCCCACUUGCUCUGCCAUGGCAGUCCAUGCACAGCUUUGGACUACCCCCGCCCCCCGUAUUCUUUGUUCUUAUAUUUUCUAGUACUGCUAAACAAUGUCAAGAAAGCAGGUUGACUGGUUCUACUACAAAUUCAUACUCUCUAGGUUCAAUUGGGCUUUCCUUCUUCUUGCUCACCAAUUCCUUCAUCUUUUUUCCAGCACCUAUUGAAAUUCUCACAAUUGUUUUUCAAGCCCUUUCUACCCUCUUGAAGCACAUUAUCCUACCUUGCUGUCCACCUCACUUGAUGCCUUCAUUUUCUUAAAAAUAAUUUUUUUCACCAACUACCUGGAAAAACAUUUUAAAAUCUUUGUUUAUUUUUAAGUUUGAGUCAAAUUUUGACCCUCCUUCCAUCACUCCCCCCCCCCCACUUUCUGAGAUGGCUAGCAAUCUAAUAUAGAUUUUACAUGUAUAAUAGUGUAAAACAUCUCUAUGUUAGUCAUUUUGUGAAAGAACUCUAACCAACAAUUGAAAAAUGAAGAAAUAAGUGUGUAUAAUAAGAAAAAUAAUUUGUCUUGGUCUGCAGACUCUUAUCAGUUCUUUCUCUUGAGACAGUUGACAUUUUUCAGUUGAAGAUUUUCUUAGAUCACUGUAUCCCUAAGAAUAGCUAAGCCAUUUAUAAAUGUACAUCAUAUUGCUGUUAUCUUGUAUCAAGUACAAUGUUAUCUUGGUUCUGCUUAAUUCAUUUUGUAUCAGUUCAUGUAGAUCUUAACAGAUUUUUCUGAAAUCCUCCUGCUUAUCACUUCUUAUAGCACAAUAGUAUUCCAUCAUACUCAUAUACCCCAAACUUGUUCAGUCAUUCCCCAAAUGAUAGAUAGCUCCUCAAUUCCCAAUUCUUUGCCACUGCAAAAAGAGAUACUAUAAAUAUUUUUGCACAAACAAGUCCUUUUCCCUUUUCGAAAAUCUCAUUGGGAUACAGACCAAGUAAUGGUAUUGCUGGAUCAAAGGAUAUGCACAAUUUUAUAGCCCUUUAGAAGUCCUCACUUUCUACUUGAGUAAGAGGGUUAAAGUUACCCAAAGAUCUCCCUGAUGUUCUCCCUCCUUAACCUUCAAGUUUAUCUGUAUUUUCACCAAUUCUCAUCUCUUUAGUUCACUCAGGGGAAAAAUGUCUCUCCUGGCUCCCGAGUUUCUAAUCUGUCAAAUGAAGGGGUUAGACUUGAUCACUCCUGAGUUACCUGUCUUCUAGCCCUAGAACUAUGACCAUAUAACCUUGUGGCCUUUCUUGCCAAGUGUCUUUAUCUUUCUUCUGCUUGUGAUCUCCUUUGUCUAUAUCCUCUAGAACGCUGUUCCCUAAAUUAACUCUUGUUCUCUUCCACCAGCUCUUUGCCCUCUACCUUCAAACUUGAACCGCUUCUAUCUUUCCAAGUCCUUCUUUUCAUUCUAUAACACCCUAAAGUUAGACUCAUCUCUUUUUUCCCUUUACUAUCUAACUUUGGAGAGAAAUCUAUACUCUUAUAUUGCCUCUACCUCAUCAUGCUCCAUCAUUCUUUAACCCAUUGGGAUAUGGAUUCCAACCCUGUCAGAUGACUGAAACUCCUCUUUUAAAGGGCUAGUAACCUUAAUCAGAAAUUCUGAUGACUUUUUCUCCCACCUGUCCAUCCCUUAUUUGUAUUCUAUUCGACAUUUGACAAUGUUGAUUUCCUCCUCCUUUUUUAUAAAGGCUUUCCUCUCUUGGUUACUGUGACUAUUACACUAUUCUGGUUUGUCCUUAUAAUAUGUCUAUGUCUAUUUUUAUUUGUAUAUGUGUUUAUACAUGUUAUAUUCUAUUUACAUAAUAAAGGUGAGGAAACUGAGGUUGACAGAUUAAUUUAUUUUCUCAGGGUCACAUUGAGGCCAGUUUUGAACUCGGGUCUUGCUGACUCUUCUCACUUUGAGAAUAUGCUAUUCUUUUUUAUUGUAAUACUUUUCCAUCUCUGUUUACCAAAUGCCUAUUUACCUUUUAGGGUGCAAUUCUCAAAUGUCAUGUCCUCCAUGAAAAUCCACCUGAUCCCCUCUGUAUUCCCUAAGCACUUUCUUUUGGCUAUUAUGCCAUUAAUCACACAUUACCUUAUAUUAUAAUUAUUACCGUGCAUGUUUUGCCUCUUUUGCCCAUGAGAGCAGGGAUUUUGUUUUAUAGUGCUUUGUGACCCCUAUUUCCUCAUAUAUAGCAAACAUUUGAUAAAUAUUUGUUGAUUGAAGGAAUACAUAAAUUGAAAUGUGAUUAUAUUGUGAUAUGUUAGAGGUAGCCCCUAGUUUUAUUUCAGUAAUUAUUUUGUGAAGAAAUUUGUACAUCAUAUGAGUUAUUUAACAUAUGAUCAAUAAAUUAAAUUAUGCCAA